AAGACGCGGGCCUCGGCCAAUGGCGGCGUCCGCGCUUGAAAGUGGCGCGUCGCCUCCGGCGCGCUGUCUGCAGCCCAGCUCGUGUUCUGACGUAGCGUAUUCGACGCUCUGUUUGAAAAUUGUGGAUGUUAUUGUUUGAACUUCGGAACUGUCGCCGUGUGCCUUUCAAAUCGGACCAAGCCCUACAGCAUUUUGGAUAUAUGCAGAAUGAUUUCCACCGUCAUAUCUCGCCUGAUCAUCUUGCUCUUCGGCGUGCUGUACCCUGCGUAUGCAUCCUACAAGGCCGUCAAGAACAAGGAUGUCAGGUCCCAUCUACAGUGGAUGAUGUACUGGAUAGUCUUUGCUCUCUUCACAUGCAUCGAGACAUUUUCUGACAUCUUUAUUUCAUUUUGGAUGCCGUUUUACUAUGAGCUCAAGAUCUUGUUUGUUCUAUGGCUCCUGUCACCUGCAACGAAAGGAUCCAGUCUCCUGUACCGACGCUUUGUUCAUCCACAGCUUGUUCAACGUGAGCAGGACAUAGAUGAACUGAUCGAGAAAGCGAAGGAGCAAGGCUACUCUACCAUGUUGCUUCUGGGCAGCCGUGGUCUGAGCUAUGCCACCAGCGUGGUGCUUCAAACAGCCAUCAAAGCACAAGAAGCGAUUGCAGCACACAAGAAUCGUGAUGUAGCAGCUAUCCAGGGCAUACAGGACAGACCGGAUGGCAAUGCACUUGCUUGGGUGGACAUGGACAGCGAUUCAGAGCACCUGCCAGAGUUGCCGGCACCUUGCCCACUUGCACCACUUGUGGGAACUGGGGACAGCUUGGACAUUGACAACAAUGUGUGUGCUGUAAAUCCAGGCACCCAUGAUGAAGAGAUUUGCUCAUCACCUCGCCCAGUUGCAACCAAGGCAUCACGCUCGUCAGUUAAGAAUCGUAGUCGCAACACGGCUAAAACAACCGACUCAACUGGACCAACGCGCCGGUCAGUGCGAGCAGCCAAGAAUGCAAGCAAGAAUUGAAGCCUUCCGUCCUUCAAAGGCACCUUUGCACCAUCCAAGUGUGGCUGCUGAAGCAGAUAACUGUGUGAUUAUUGCUGCAGUCAAAGUGUGCCUUCUUUUUUAUUACAGAAAAGGUGAAAAAAGAAAUCUUUUUUCUUUGUGAGCGGUACUGUGCUGCAGCAAACCUUGUGAGGUUGUGUGGUUUGUAGAAUGUUUUUGGGCCUAGUUUGACUUAACUUGUUACUGCUGCAUUACACUAAUUGUGUGCAUUUCCAAUGUCUAUGGAUUCUGAUUGUGCCCAUUUUGCUAAUAGAUAUUAGCAUAUGGUGGGACAUUAGCACAGCUGGCAGCAUUAUUUGCUAUUCUUAUACCAAUACCAUGUAUAGUAGGCUUUUCUCUCCCCCACAUUUCUUCCUUUUCCUACCUUUUCAAAUAUAGGCCGUAACUCAAGAAAGAUGUGUUGCUUUGUAGGCUGGCCUAAAAAGAUUGACACUCCGAGUGCACUUGCCACUAUUUCCUUGUUCGCUACGUUUUAGUGCCAUAAAUUCAGCUUUUGUUGUGCAGAUCGUAGCCUACACUAUGCAGUUCUUGUCAGUGGAAUGCAUAAGUAACAAUAAACUUACUGUGAUAUAUUUUUUUUUAGAGAAGGGGCACAUUUGUAGCUGCAGUGUGAACGUGUGGUGCUUGCAGUUAUUAGGACACCUAUGUAAUCUCAUCUUGAGUCACCUACGUUGCUUUGAGUGCAUACAUACUAGUUGAAGUCACACAAGCUAAACACAGUUAUGUGCAUUAUUGAUAUUACAGCAGUUGAAUUCACUUGUUACUAAUCAAGUUGUUGCCAUGAUUUUUUUGCUGCCACAGCAGUUGUUGGUGAGACACUUGUUUGGCAUGCUGCCACACUCAAAGGCAACAUUGAGGGGUAAUGGUUGUGGUUAGAAUGCAGUGUUUGUGACUGUGUUUCCAUAGUGUGUUUACAGUGUAAAUGUUUGUACUCAGUGCUGCUAAAAGCAUAAUGUGGAACAUGCUCAGUAGGAGCCCAGGUGACUGAUAUUUUUCCCCAAUUUUGACUGCAUUACUUGUGCCUACAGUCUUAUGUGUUCAUUAGUGCCACAUCUGUGUGUUCUUGAACACCUUUGGCCGAGCCAUUUGCAAAGAAUUGUGGCAGUGAAGAGGAAGUGUAGUGCAUGUAGCUAACUGCACGUGCUACAAGAUAGAGCAAAAUUUAUAUUUUUAUUCAUAUUGCCUUGUCAACUGAUUGUAUGGAAGUGUAUGUAUUGUAAUGAAAACGAUGUAUAUGCCCUACUACUAGCCCAUGAGUGCUAUAUGCCAGGAGUGGUCAGGGACCACUCAUGGGUGUACCACUCGUGAGAGAUUGCAGACUGGCUGUGAAAGCAGUUUACUAGAGUACAGUGAACUCUAGUCAGCGAAAAUUCCUCAUGGGUAUUACACCAUACGACGACGUAUUUUGCGUUUAGCCAAAGAAUAUCUCUUGACAACGGCAUAAAGACACAAGUGUAAAUUUACUCUUAUAUUGUAGGACCACAAAUGCUUUUUUUUUUCGACUUUCCCAUUUUCAAUUUUUUUCACCUCGUGAAAAAUACUGUGUUCUGUUUUUGUGGUGUGCAGUUUACCCAACUGUUUUUGAGAAUAAAUUUUGUAUUAUGUUA